UACACGAUCAAAACAGUUUCCUUCGCUUCCCUCUCAACCGUACCCGAUUCUCUCUUCUCCAAUGGAAGACGAAGUCAACAGGGAACUCGACCUUCUUCCACCGUCGCGUUCCGAUUCCUCGCUGCUCCGUCUCCGCUCCUCCUCAUCUACCUCCGAGUGCGGCGGCGCUCCGUCGCUGGACCUCCAGCUAUCGAUCAGCGUGCGUCCCCCGGCGGUGUUGAUGUGCGACAGCGUGGAGGCGCUGAAGUGGCAGGCGGCGGAGCAAAUCCGGCUGGCAGCGAUGGAAAAGGCGUAUGCGGAACGAGUGAGAGAACUGACGCGUAGAGAGAUGGAGAUGGCGCAAUCAGAGUUCGCACGUGCGCGACAAAUGUGGGAGCGUGCAAGAGAAGAAGUGGAGAGAGCGGAGAGAAUGAAGGAGCGAGCCACAAGACAGGUGGAUUCCACGUGCAUGGAGAUUACUUGUCAUUCCUGCAGGCAAAGGUUCAGGCCUGCUUAAUUCAUCCAUAUCCAUCACUUCAUUUCGUUUCUCUGUUUCUGUUUUCUAACCUAUAUAAGCCACCGUUACCAACCAACUUCAGGAAUAACUCAAUUUUAUUGACUCUUUUUCUUUUUUUCAUUUUCGUUUGAUGAUGAGAAGUUAGUUAGUUAUGUGCUGGUGUCGUGUGUAAAUCAUCCGUCUCCUUGGUUCGUUCUAUGUUUUUUCUACAAUUAAUAUUUACGUACGCAAAUGAGGUCUCGUGUAAGGAUAAAUUAGAUUCAAGAGUGACCACCGAA